UUUAUUUUGCUUCUGUGUUUUGUGUUACAUUGCUAUGGCAACAUCUAAAAUGGCUCUCCCCGGUGCAGUUCGUCGGCAGCUUGAUACUCUCACAAGAAAUGUACUUAAUGAAGUCAGAAGAACUGUUCCUGACCAGUUUGGGGAGGGUGAACCACACGAAGUAGAAUUGGUUUCCAGUUUACCCCUGCAGAUGUCGCUCUACUUCAACUCAUUCUACUUUCCCUUUUGGUGGAUUAGUUAUGUUUUAAUGCUCCAGCUAAAGUACCAGCUGCUUCCCGAGCACUAUAAAUUCAUCUUGGUGACUCUUCUCAUCCUAAUGUCUGUUAUUGAAGUAAUUCGGCUUUACCUGGGAUACAGUGGAAACCUGCAAGAAAAGGUUCCCGAGUUGGCUGGGUUUUGGUUGCUCAGUCUUCUGCUACAGCUACCCCUGGUGCUUUUUCUUUUGUGUGACCCAGGCCUUAUGCUUCUUCCUCUGGAGCUUGCUACACAUGUAAUUCUGACUGCAUUCCUGGUUUGUGAGAUUCCCCUGUCUUUCUUCACUUUGCGUAGAAGCACAAGACACCUAGCUGGGAGAUUUCACCAGCUUGGGAGCUCUGAGGUACAGGCCUGAAUCGGACAGCUACAAGAAAGAGAUAACAACACUGCCCAUUGGGAGAGACAGAUCAAUUGGUUAAUCGCAGAAUAAAAGCUUCAUCAUAGUGAAAUGUCGGACAUAAGAGUGGACAACUGGAAAAAGUUGAGCUUGUGCCUGAAGACGCCAGUUCAAGACUGACUUCAGAAAGAAGUGGAGCAAAAGGUUGGCUUCUGGGAAAAUUUUCAAGAGACUAAAAAUUGGAGAAGCAAAUGAAAUUCUAGGAGUAAGUUGUGCUCGGAGAAUCAGCACUUUAGUAGAGAAACACGAAUGCUCAUGGAGAAUUAGUUGAGUGCAAAUGUUAGUCAUUGGGAUGUGAGCGAUAGAGAAACUGAUGGGCCAUAAACAGAAUGGUAACUGACUCACUGGUUGUCACAUCAGUCAAGGGACAACUAUGCUCAUUGAGAGAGUCAGUUGGGCAAGAUGGCUAGUCUUGCGGAAAUGAGAUGCAACUACAUACCAGAGCUUAAAGAUGGGUCUUGGGGGUCAGUUUAUGUAGGUGCGAGCGGACAUGAUCCGAUAUAGCGUAUCAUGUCCGCUGCACAUCGAUGAAAGCGGAGUGGAUCGGUAGCAGCAUCCGCUGCUUCAUAAAUCAACCCCAUUGUGUGAGACCAAGGCAACUAAAUACCGAGCUUUGCAAUGGAGGAACAGAAAUAAUGUGUAAGCUAAAGAUAUACUGACAAUUUAAGUUAAGUUAAAAUGUGUUUUAGGGGAUCUUAAAACCUUAGUUUGCCUUUCUAUACCUUAUAUGCCAUGGCACAUUCAUUCCUCAAGUGCAUUUGAAAAUAUGAUCAUUGCUAUUCUGAUAUAAUGAAGACUCAUCCGCUCUUCUAUCUAGAUAACUAAGCAUUUGUUGGAUUUCGCACUAAUACAAUAUACCUGAUGCACCAUCAAACUCAAAAUCGACUCUCAUAUUUACUUAAGGAAAAUAAAACUUCAUUUUAAUAUCCAUUCACAACUGUUUUUAUAGUUAACAUUUGUUUUUUAAUGAACACUAAAAUGAUUGAUAAUCUAUUAAUAAAAAUGUUCUCUAAAA